AAGAGGAGGGAGGAGGAAUCGAGCCGCGGGUCCACAUUAGUCCGGUGAUGAUGGCCGCUAAGUCGGACGGGGUGCUGAAAAUGAAGAAGAGCGACGUUGCCUUCACCCCCCUGCAGAACUCGGAACAUUCCGGAUCGGUGCAGGGCCUCCACCCGGGCCAGCCGGACUCCUCCGGUACCGGGGACGCGGACUUGGCUAACGGAGAGUCGCGGUGCUGCGGUGGCGGCGCGCGCUCGGCGGCGGGCCGCGAGCAGCGCUACUCGCUGUGGGACUGUCUGUGGGUCGUGGCCGCCGUGGCCGUGUACGUGGCCGACGUGGGCACCGACGUGUGGCUGUCGGUGGAUUAUUACCUCCGCCGGGACUACUGGUGGUUCGGCCUGACGCUGUUCUUCGUGGUGCUCGGUUCGUUCUCGGUGCAGCUCUUCAGCUUCAGAUGGUUCGUGCACGACUUCGGCGCGGACGAGGGGCCGCACGCGGCCGCCGACUGCUCCCACAUGGACGGCAACAAGCUUCUGAGCGGCUCGGCGUCACACGGCGACGUGACGGCCCCGCAGAGGCAGGCGUCCACCGGCAGCAAGAACGGCACCGGCAGCAGCGGCACGCGCUCCGCCGCGCGCUCCUUCUGCGUCUGGUUCGGCCAGUCCCUGGUCCACGUCCUGCAGAUGGGCCAGAUAUGGAGGUAUUUCCACACCAUAUACCUAGGUAUCCGGAGUCGUCAGAGCGGGGAGACGGAGCGUUGGCGUUACUACUGGAAGAUGGUCUAUGAGUUUGCUGAUGUUAGCAUGCUGCAUUUGCUGGCCACCUUCCUGGAGAGCGCGCCACAGCUUGUGCUGCAGCUGUGCAUUAUCAUACAGACACACAAGCUCCAGGCUGUGCAAGGUAUGACAGCUGCAGCCUCCCUGGUGUCACUCGCCUGGGCUUUGGCAUCAUAUCAGAAGGCCUUGCGAGAAUCUCGGGAUGACAAGAAGCCCAUCAGCUAUCUGGCUGUGAUCAUCCAGUUCUGCUGGCAUUUCUUCACUAUUGCAGCCAGGGUCAUCACCUUUGCCCUGUUCGCCUCAGUGUUCCAACUCUACUUUGGUAUCUUCAUCGUCCUUCACUGGUGCAUCAUGACGUUCUGGAUUGUCCACUGUGAAACAGACUUCUGCAUCAGCAAAUGGGAGGAAAUAGUGUUUGACAUGGUGGUGGGCAUCAUUUACAUCUUUUCCUGGUUUAACGUCAAAGAGGGACGGACAAGGUAUCGGCUCUUCAUCUACUACCUGGUGAUCCUGGGGGAGAAUGCUGCCCUCAGUGCGUUGUGGUAUCUCUACCGCUCGCCUCACACCACCGACGCCUUUGCUGUACCAGCACUCUGUGUCAUCUUCAGCAGUUUCCUGACUGGUGUGGUUUUCAUGCUCAUGUACUAUGCAUUUUUCCAUCCCAAUGGGCCACGUUUUGGACGCUCACCAAGUGGCCAGGGCCUCGACCUGGACCCCACUGCUCAGUUCUCCACACUACCAUCGGAGGGCACCACCAACUCUUUGCGUUCCAACAGGGGCGUUACUUCAACCCUGGAGCGUGACACGGGGAAGUACUCAGAGCGGGACGGCUGCAUGCCUGUGUUUCAGGUUCGAGCCACGGUGCCAUCCACGCCAUCAUCUCGUGCUCCACGCCUCGAACAAACCGUCAUCAAAAUUGACCUUUGCAGGAACCGCUAUCCAGCGUGGGAGCGCCAUGUCCUGGACCGCAGUAUACGGAAGGCUAUCCUGGCCGUAGACUGCUCUGGAACCCCUCCACGGCUGCAGUACAAAGAUGAUGCUCUUUUGCAGGAGCGGCUAGAGUACGAGACCACAUUAUAGUUCCACCCUGCUGCUACCAGAUCCCACACAGGGUGAUGACAUCCAGACACUAGCAACAGCGGCAAUAACAAUUUUUCAGCAUCUUCUUUGUCUUUUUGUGUUCCUCAGCAUCAACACCUUUGAGGAUUAUUCAGUCGUGCUGCCUGAGAUGACAGCUGUUUGGUUUCUUUAGUGGAACGUCUGUCGGGUUCUUACUUUGUUUUUUUUUUUAACUUCAGUUGAUCAGGGAAACCAUGUUUGGUAACAAAAAUACAGCGUCACAGUUUUACCAGACUGAUCCGACAGGAAUUGUGCGUCAGGUAUCGUGAGCUGAUGCCUCACGCAGUUGUUCCUCCGAUACGCGGCACAGCAGCCAAAUGUGUUUCUGCGUGAGAGGAUUUAUCAGAAGGACUCAUUACGAAACAUCAGAACAAACUUGAAAAUCUCCUACGGUGCCAUGUUGAUGUAACCCAUAGCAACCAGGACAUGUUUGCUACCCGGAUCGUGGCGUUCAUCAUUACUGUCAUUAUCGUUAUUGUGUUCUCUUUGUGCCAAAAGGGUUCUUUGUAAAUGUCCUGCAGAUGACGAGGACAUGGAACAGUUUCAGGAAAAGGCUGUAAUGUCAGACUGCUAUCCAGUUUUCCUUCCUCUCUGAUCCGUGUAGGAUGAUUAAAGUCGGAAAGCGAGCAAUGGCUAAAGUAGCAUCUCCACUGAGUCACUUGUUACGUGUGUGGAAUGAAUCAACCAAGGAACAAAGGAAGGAUGGAAUGAAGGAAGGGACGGAGAGGAAAAUUUGAUUCUUGAUGUUAUAAGGAAAUAAACUCACAAUGCCAAGAAAAUAAAUCUUCCUGGCAGCUUAGGUCACACUGAGGAGGUGUGUGCAGAUCCUGGUCCUGUCUGUGGACGACAGUAACGCGGCGCGCACUCAGGACAGACAUGCUAAGAUGACAGCGCACAGACAAGCAGUCAUCUCAGCCAAACUUUAGCAGCAGGAUGUACAGAACUGAUCUCACAUGCAGCAUUUUUUACUUCAUUCACUGAUGUCGUAGUUCUGUUUGUUGUGUUUCGGGUGGGUGUGUCUUUAAA